GAGAUAAUAAUAGAUUGAUUACAAUGCAUUUAUGAUUAAAUGCAUACAUUCUAUAUAUGAAAAAUAAUGUUUAAAAUCAGUGUAUAUUGGAGUAUAACCUAAUUGCAUUGAAAAUGCAAGCCAAGAAGCGCUAUUUAUUAUUAUUUGUAACAUGUGCGUUUCUUGGUUACUGUUAUUUUGGUGGUUAUCGGUUAAAAAGUGAAAGGUGGACAGGCAGAUCUCAGUUGCCUUAUGAGCGAUUGCCUUCAUAUUUAAGUCUAAAUGAAGAGUUUUAUGACAAGGAUUUGAGAACAUCAAAUGGGAAUCCACUUAUAUCCCAACGUGUAAAACAAUGCCGUAUGGAGACUUGUUUUGACUUUACCAGAUGCAAGCAAGGUUUCACAGUAUAUGUGUAUCCAGUUGAAGAUGUGAUAAGUCCACUAUACCAAAAAAUAUUGAAUGUUAUUACAGAAUCAAGAUAUUAUACAUCAGAUCCAACUCGAGCAUGUAUAUUUGUAUUAGCCCUUGACACAUUAGACAGAGAUCCAUUAUCAACAGAAUUUGUGCAUAAUCUUCCUUCAAAAUUACUGCGUUUGCCAUAUUGGAAUAAUGGCAGAAAUCAUUUAAUAUUUAAUUUGUAUUCUGGAACAUGGCCUGAUUACGCUGAAGAAUCUCUAGCCUUUGAUUUAGGAUAUGCUAUGCUUGCGAAGGCCAGCAUGUCUAUUUUUAGACAUAGACCAGACUUUGAUAUAUCUAUACCAUUAUUUGGAAAACAACAUCCAGAACGUGGUGGGGAACCAGGUCAAGCUUUAGAAAAUAAUUUUCCUAAUAAUAAGAAGUAUGUUGCAGCUUUCAAAGGUAAAAGAUACGUCCACGGCAUUGGUUCUGAAACUAGAAAUGCUCUCUACCAUUUGCACAAUGGAAAAGAUUUGGUGUUUGUUACGACUUGUCGUCAUGGUAAAGCAUGGAGAGAGUUACAAGAUGAACACUGUCAACAAGAUAAUCAAGAGUAUGAUACAUACGAUUACGAAAUUUUAUUAAUGAAUGCUACCUUUUGUCUUGUACCAAGGGGAAGAAGACUUGGUAGUUUUCGAUUUUUAGAAGCUUUAAGAGCUGGGUGUAUUCCAGUUAUUUUAAGUAAUGGCUGGGCGCUUCCUUUUCAUGAACGAAUUGAUUGGGCACAAGCUGUUAUAUUUUCUGAUGAAAGACUGUUACUUCAAAUUCCAGAUAUAGUACGGUCUGUGUCCAACGUACAAAUCCUUAAAUUACGACAGCAAACGCAAUUCCUCUGGGAACGAUACUUUUCGUCGAUAGAAAAAAUUGUAUUUACAGUAUUUGAGAAUAUUCGCGAGCGUUUACCGUGGGAAGGUACGAGAGAAAGAUUUGUUUGGAAUACUAGUCCUGGAGCAUUAGCGAUAUUACCGCAAUUUGCUGAUAGUGAGCAAGAACUUCCAUUUUCAAAAAGUAAUCCAGGUAAUACCUUCACUGCCAUCAUCUACUCGCAGUUGGGAUCCACUGCUGUUCUAUAUCGUUUGCUAAAAAGUCUCGCGAAAAGUAAAUAUCUAGAUAAGAUUAUUCUAAUGUGGAACUCGGACAUUCCGUUACCAAGGAGACCACGAUGGCAAGGGAUCAAAGCAUCAAUACAUGUUGUUACGGUCGAUGGUAUAUCCCAACGUUUCUAUCCUCACCCAUUAAUCAAAACUAGUGCCAUAUUAUCUCUAGACGAAGAUGCCACACUCAAUACAGAUGAAAUUGAUUUCGCCUUUACCGUAUGGCGAUCAUUUCCUGACCGAAUAGUUGGUUAUCCAGCAAGAUCACACUACUGGGAUGACUCUAAACGUUCGUGGGGCUAUACAAGUAAAUGGACAAAUGACUAUAGUAUAAUUCUAACUGGUGCCGCCUUUUAUCAUCGUUAUUAUAAUACGUUGUAUACCGAAUUACUGAGUUCGACGCUUCACAAGACUGUCGAGCAAUCGCAAAAUUGCGAGGACAUACUUAUGAAUUUUUUAGUAAGUCAUGUUACGCGAAGACCACCUAUUAAAGUAACUCAACGGAAAUUGUAUAAAGAUACCACGGUGGCUGGAAUCAGAUCACCUUGGAACGAUCCGGAUCACUUCAUACAACGGCAAACGUGCAUGAAUACGUUUGUAGCCGUUUUCGGGUAUAUGCCGUUGUUACGAUCCAAUAUGAGGCUUGACCCUGUUUUGUUCAAAGACUCUGUAAGCAACUUGCGCAAAAAGUAUAGGCAAAUUGAAUUAGUUAGUAAUUAGAAUUAUACAGGAUAUUUUAUCAGUUAUGCAGUUAUAUACCCUCGAAACGGGCAUCCUAUAUAUAGCCUCGAAUAUUUCUAUUAAAUAGUGGCGCAUAUUGCUAAUUAUGGCCGCGUGCGUGCGCUAGAGGCUAUUUCAAAUGUAUAGGGAACACUUACAUCGUUGUAAGUAUGGAACCACUGCGUGUCAGUGAUUAUUGGGCAGCAAAUCAAGAAGGUCUUUCAUUCUCGAGGAAUGGCGAUACUCUGCGCUUUUAUGUAUUCGCAAAAUGAAUUUUGUACAAAGUAUGGGGUAUCUUGUAAUAUUGUUCGAAUCUAAAUCGAGCCACGGCAUGCAACCGUUGUUGCGUAUAUUGCCGUGUUCAAUUGAUGUACAUACAAAUCGUUUCAUAGUUACUAAUAAAACGAAAAAAUAAAAAAAAAAAAAAGAAAACAAAAAAAUGAACAUUAUUUGACAAAUUCUUCGACUUUUAAAAACCGGCCUUUGGAAGCUACACAAAGU